AGUUUUAAACAAUGACUUAAAUAGUUUUACUAAACGUCAAUAUAAACUUUAAUCUGUCAUUGUUUCUGUCAAAAUCGUCUUAAGACAGAAGCGUAAACACUGAUUUUACAGUUUUACGCUAAAUUCCUAUUAACAAUGGCUGCAGCAGCCCCCGAAGCCCCAUCUAAAACAACUUGUAUAUUCUGUAAUAUUGUGAACAAGCUAGAAAACACAGAGAUACUGUACGAAGAUGAAGAAGUUUGCGUUUUUCGGGACAUCCGACCAGCAAGUCGGUUCCACAUUUUGACCAUUCCGAAAAGGCAUAUAGAAGACGUUAAAUCCUUAACAGCGGCUGAUAAAGACUUAGUUGAAAAGCUGCUAACUGUAGCCAAAGAGAUGUUGACCAAGAACGGCCUGUCAGAAGACGUUGCCAGGUUCGGUUACCAUUGGCCACCAUUCCGGAGUGUAAAGCAUCUUCACCUGCACACCAUAGCUCCGGAGAGUGAAAUGGGGUUCUUUGCCAAAAUGAUGUUCCUGAAGGAUUCUUACUGGUUUGUCUCGCCUGAUUACGUGAUCUCAAGACUAUGACGGAACUGAUAUUGAUAUUCCAAGUAAUCCAAGUUGUGCACAUGAGCGGAGAACACGAAUAUCGACCAAGUUGUAAUGAGCUUGUCAUUUGAUUUGGAACCUAACGAGAAGGGAGUUAGGUCCUAUUUUGCGCGUACAAUUUAUUUGCGAUAAAUACUUGUAUAUGUAACGUACCUAAUGGUUAAUGGUUAUUACUGUAGUAAUGUAAUCGUAUUUAUUCUUAUUUAUUGUUGUUUUAUUGGGUUAGAAUACACGAUUAAAGUUAUAA